AUGACCUCUACAAACGCCCUACGCUAUGAAGUGAGGCAGAUAUAUAAAAACCUCCUCUAUCUUGGCCGGGAAUACCCUCUGGGCUACGAUUACUUCCGACCACGCUGCCAUAACGCCUUUAUGAGUAAUGCUGGUUUAACAGACCCAGAGAAAAUUAAGGAAGGGAUCAAAAGAGCUGAAUACGUCAAAAAAGAGAUCGAAGCUCUGUACUAUGUGAAGAAAUAUAGAGCGAUGAACCAGGCAUACGGCGCUGCUACUCAAUAG